AUGUAUCCACAAUUUCUCCUUAUUUUAAAUUAUACAAUCUCUAUACAAGAAAUUGAUGUAUUGGAACUAAUUUCGGUAAUUUCAUUAGUAUAUUCCAUUCUUGGAAAUUGUGAUCUCAGUGAUAAUCACUCAGGUGUUGUUUCAAACAUUGAUGACUUUUUGUGGAUCAAGAUAUCUCAAGUUAUUGCACAAGUUCCAGAAGAAUCAACAGUUACAGCAAGGAGUAAUGCGGAUGAUAUCCUGACUUUGGGACAGCUGCAAACUUUACUAUAUGAAACUUACGGUGAAGUGCAUUUCGACGCAUGGUCUCAGCCAUUCGUCUAUUUCAAAAUUUUAUUUCUUACACAACAAUAUGAGGCCGCUCUUGGAUUUCUUAGUCGUUUUGAGCUAUUCCGGUGUCAUGCAGUUCAUAUUGCUUUGGCCCUGAAGGACCUACAUAUGCUGUUAAUUCCUAAUAGCAUUCAGUCAUCACUUGUGAGUUGCGAUGAUUGUGAUCCUAAAGGAGUACGGCGACUUAAUUUGGUUCGUUUAAUUAUGUUGUAUACGAGAAAAUUUGAAGUCACGGAACCCGAGAAAGCACUCAUGUACUAUUACAUGCUUACCGACAUCCCAAAUACUGCCGAGCAAUCACUCGAAGAAGAAUCCAAUACAUCUAUUAUCAGUGGUUUACAUAACAUGUCUUUUGACCGUGUCACCCUUAAAAGUCAAAAUUUGUUUGUCCGAUGUGUGUGUGAACUGGCUUUGGCUACUAAAGAACUAGAUUUAAUUUUAGGCUCUGUGGGCGAAAACAAUAUUCGGAAACCUGGUGCAAUCGAUCGUUUCUGCAAGUCGAUAGAAUUUCGGAAGGAACUUUUGCGUACUGUUGCUCGCGUUUUUGAAUCUAAUGGUCAGGUCAUCGAAGCAAUCCAUGUAUUUAUGGUGGCGGCCUCGUGUGGUGAUCCAAAACCUGACGUAUUGGUUGCUGUGACACUACUGAAUACUCUACUAUCGGGCGUGGUUGUAACUUCAAACCUUGGCAGCACACUAAUAACGCAAUGUCGACUGAGGGGGGAAAUAGAUCGAAGCUUGGUUUUACGACUGGCAACUGAGCUUGCUAAUAAAGUCCGCCGCCUGGGUUUAUCAAACAACAAUAAUCAAUUUCAGUCUGAUGCUGAAACGAACACAUGGACAACACUAUUCUAUCUGCUUGAUCUUGCUACUUUCUUCGACCUAGUCGAUGCAGAAAGAUGGCAGGCUGCAAUUGACCAUAUAGAUCAAUUGAGUUUAUUCCCGUCUAGCUCACAACCGUCACAAGUAGAGUCUUGUGUGGCACGAUUUUCUCAACUUCCAGAUCUAGUGCGUCGGCCAAUCCCUUGGGCAUUAGACGCCCUGAUGCGCUGUUUUUCAGCUAAAACUUGUCGAACAUCCAGAAAGAGUAAUGCGGCGAGUGCUGAUUGGGAUUCUAAGAUGGCUACUCCUGAAAUCCGAGCCAGAGCAAAAGCUUUGAUAGCGUUUGUUGGCCGCAUUCCACAUAGACUACCAAGUGAAAUAUAUGCUGGUCUCACACGAAUGGAUAUGGAAAUUAUAUAA